UGAGCCUGGGAGGGGAUGGGGGGGGCAGCCCACCUUAAAACAGGAAGCGGGCCGGUCCCUGGGCCCUCCGGGACAGAAGAAAGGCAGGCACUGGGGAUCCGGCCUCCAUUGCCAGGCCGUCCUUCCUCAAAAGCAGUAGCACGGACCUACUCAUCAGCCGGUGCUGUCUUCGUUCUCCUCUCCUGCUGGAGUCUUUGCGUCUGAUGGGCCCUCCACUCACAACACUCCCUGUUCCUCCCCCCGCCCCCCAUUGUAGGCCUUUCAUCAGAUCCCCCUUACGCUCCAGGUCUCCGCUUAGAUGGCAUCUUUCUUUUUAUGUGUGUGUGUUUAAAGAUCUUAUUUAUUUGUUCGUGAGAGACAGAGACACAGGCAGGGGGAGAGGCAAACUCCCUGCAGAAAGCCGGAUGGGGGACUCGAUCCCGGGACCCCAGGGUCACGCCCUGAGCUGAAGGCAGAUGCUCAACCGCCGAGCCACCCAGCCACCGAGGCAUCCGGAGAUGGCAUCUUUCUCCAAGGACUUCCCUGGCCCUCUGUUCGGGCACUCUCGAUUUCCAGCCUGUUACUGUUCUUAUCACCCAACUUUGUGAUAGCCUAGUUAUUGCUGUAUGUUCCUCAUCAGAGUUCAUGUCUUGCAGUCAGGGGUGAGGGCGGCAGCUGGCACAGGAGCUGCACAUAGUGAGUACAUGUGAAUCCCAAGAACCAAGGGAGGAGAGUAUUUUAGGCUUCAAAGUGGUCAGAUCAACCCUAAAGAGUGUUGGGUUUGGCAGCUAGGAGAUCCUCGGUGAUCGUGUAGUAGAACAAAUUCACUGCAGUGACAAAAAGAGGAAGCAGGUUGUAACAGCUGGAGAGUAAAUGGGAAAUGUGAAAAUGAAGACGGCCUGAAUAGAAUACCUUUCGGGAGCCUUGGGAAAGCUGUAGGAAUUACUCCUUUCUUACUGUAAUAUUUAUUGUGUUACUUUAUUAUUUCUGGAUUACAGUAGAGCAUAAGGGGUGAGCACACAGGCUCCUCCAUUUAGUGUUUUUGUAAGUGGGGUUAGGAAAGUUGUUUAUUCUUUCUAAACCUCAGUUUUUCAUUCGUAAAAUAGAGAUAAUAAAAUUACCUACCUCAUGAAGGUGCGGUAAGGAUUAAAGUGGUUAAUGUAGAGAGAGCAUGCAGCAGGUAAAACUGUAAGAUAUUUGAAGUGUACAUUGUGGUGGUUUAAUAUAUGUAUACAUGAUGAAACGAUUCCCCACCGUCUAUUACUUACUAUUGUUUUCCUGUACGUUUUGCAGAUGAUACAACAGGCUCUGAGAGGUUGUAUAACUUGCUGCAGGUCACACAGCUAGUUAGGGGUUGGUUCAGCAGUGAGCUCAUGAAAAAUGAGGAUUAGAAUGACUUUUACCUUGCAAGUUAGGAGAUUGAAGAUACCUUGGUGUGGAUGGGACCUCGAUUGCAAGUCGUUGAGUGAGUUGUGAGGGUGAGAGCAAGACAAGGGAGGCUCUUUGUUGAUUUCUCCCUAGAGAGAGGAGUUGGUUCAAAGGAAAAGAAGAGGGACAGGGGCUUGGGGAAGAAGGGACACAGGUUAGGAAAAGUUUUCACUAGAAAUGAAGACUUGAGGAUGUUUUUAAACUUGAGGGGAUGGACUUCAGUAGAGGGAAAGACGAAAGAUGAGAAAGGGUAAGUGAUGGGCAAGUUCUCAGGUAGGAUAAGAACAGAAGACUAGUCCGUGUCCGGGAGCGUGAGUGGGAAAUGCUGACGUUGGGACGGCACCGCCUGUAAUGUGGCCUCCCUAGUAGAAGUCCGUGGAGGACGCGUAGGACCUAAAAUAAGGAUGUGAACUGAAGUCAGAGACCCGAGGAAGGCAGCUUCCCGCUAUCCUCCGUGAGGAACGGGUAAGAGAAUUCUAAGGCUUUCUGCAGAGAUUUGAAAAAUGGCAACAAAUGAAAGUAUCAGCAUCUUUAGUUCAGCAUCCUUGGCUGUGGAGUAUGUAGAUUCACUUUUACCUGAGAACCCUCUACAAGAACCAUUUAAAAAUGCUUGGAACUAUAUGUUGAAUAAUUAUACAAAGUUCCAGAUUGCAACAUGGGGAUCCUUGAUAGUUCACGAAGUUCUUUAUUUCUUGUUCUGUUUACCUGGAUUUUUGUUUCAAUUUAUACCUUUCAUGAAAAGGUACAAAAUUCAAAAGGAUAAACCAGAAACCUGGGAAAACCAAUGGAAAUGUUUUAAAGUACUUCUCUUUAAUCACUUUUGUAUCCAGCUUCCUUUGAUCUGUGGAACUUAUUAUUUUACAGAGUAUUUUAAUAUACCUUAUGAUUGGGAAAGAAUGCCAAGAUGGUAUAUGCUUUUGGCAAGAUGCUUUGGCUGUGCGGUGAUUGAGGACACCUGGCACUAUUUCCUGCAUAGGCUCUUGCAUCACAAAAGAAUCUAUAAAUAUAUCCAUAAAGUUCAUCAUGAGUUUCAGGCUCCAUUUGGAAUGGAAGCUGAAUAUGCACAUCCUUUGGAAACUCUGAUUCUUGGAACUGGGUUUUUCAUUGGAAUCAUGCUUUUAUGUGAUCAUGUCAUUCUCCUUUGGGCAUGGGUGACCAUUCGUUUGAUAGAAACUAUUGAUGUCCAUAGUGGCUAUGACAUUCCCCUGAACCCUUUGAAUCUGAUCCCUUUCUAUGCUGGUUCUCGGCAUCAUGAUUUCCACCACAUGAACUUCAUCGGAAACUAUGCUUCCACAUUUACAUGGUGGGAUAGAAUUUUUGGAACAGACUCUCAAUUUACUGCCUAUAAUGAAAAGAUGAAGAAGAUUGAGAAAAAGAUGCAAUAAAUAUCUCCUCUCCACCAUCCUGAAAGCACACACCUCCCUGAAUUGGAGCAAAUAGCUAAUAACCUUGCUUCUGCGGAGCAGAAAUAAACCUGUGUCUUGGCUGCUAAGUGAUACAAAGAACAUUAACAACCUUUAAUUAUCUUCCUAGCGGGAACUUUUUCUACUUUACAUAAAAGUUCUGUAUGUGUAGAAAUAAGUAAAUCUAUAACGAAGUAUGAUUUUCGUGAGGAGGUUGUUAAGGCCGUGUUGUAACCUUACAGAAAGGUUCUAAGUAAUGGAAGAAGUAUCAGUCUGUCUUUCCCCGGUAACACCAGAGGCCUGAAGCUAAGAUGGGUCUUUAAAAUCUUGUAAAUAUAUAGUGGCCAUUUCAGUAUCUCUUAGCAGGGUGUUGGCCUCAUAUUGAACUUUAAACAUUUUCUAGGAUUUGCCUAAACAUCCCAAGUAUCAUGGGUCGAACCGUAUGGAUCGACAGUGAGAGUGAGGUGGCCAAAUCCGGAAUAGCCCGCCCCAAGAACUUCCACUCUGGUCCUGAGCUGACUGGUUUGGGGUGAUUCUCCUCCUUUGAGAAGCCCUUUCGGAUGGCAAUGUGCUACUGGUAUCUAUAAAUCGAGGCGUUUCCGAAUUGUCAUAAAUGGGAUAUUUUAGUCUAAAGGUUUUCGGGUUACUUGAAUUUUUUUUAAAAAAAAAAUUAGCUUUAUUUCUGCUAUUUACCCUUUCAUUUUUGUAUAUCAAGUUUUCAUUAUACUUAAAACUGUAUCUUGAAACAUUGUGAACUGACUUGCUGUAUUUGCACUUUGAACAAUUGAAAUAAAUGUGAUUUUUUUGUCUGA